CGUUGCCGUUGUGUCAAAAAGCAGAACUGGCAGAAGAAAACAUUUGGACAAUGGUGGUCCAAAAGUAGUAAAAUUUUAUCGAUUUUUAAGGUGUUGCAAGAAAGUUACCAAUUGAUUGGUGCGUGUUGUUGCCUCGUGUACGUCCAGCCGUCUGUUCCGGUAAGUGUGUCCGGCGCCGUGCUAACGCGAUUAGCCUGUAACCGGGCCGGACGAAACAACGGUUAGCCGAAGGGGGGGCUUCGACGUCCGGAUCUUCGCUUACCCCCCUGUCGUAGGCCAGGCUCUGUUGCUGGGUGCGUUACUGUGGGCGUGUGUUGUGUCGGUAUGCCUCGUAUCAACUUUAGCCGUACUGAGCGAUUCGCUCAGAUGUCGAAGCAGGAGCAACUGAUCGCACAGAAACGACAGCAGAUCCUAGAGAAGCAGCGUACACUCGAGCUAGCGAAACAGAUUGCCGCCGAAGCGACCAAGGAUACGCCAAGCGUGACGGAGGCACCGGAAGAUACGGAUACGUCAGGAAAGGUUUUGCUUCCAUUCAGCAACGACGGUUCAUUCCUCGAACGGUUCAAACAGCUAAGAGAGAAGAUAGUAAAACAGACCGACGAUCAGGUGAAACCAGCUGUCCCCGAACAGGACGCUACGGUUAACAUUGAAUCAACACCGGCUGUGGGUGUGUCCGCUAGCACCAGCAGUGAACAGAUGUUCAAGUUUGACAUCCCACCGCCAACGCUUUUACCAACGCUUCCACCACCACCUCCGCCACCACCACCACCACAGCUACCAGCCAUGGCAGACGAUGUCCAUUUUGAGCCGUUUUACGAUCUGCCCCCGGUGGUGGCAGACGCCACCAGCGUCCCGGAUGAUACUGCCCGCACCGGCGGUAGCGAGGUAGAACUGCCGAACUGCCAAGUAUUUUCAGAACAUGAUAAAUUACCAACCACUGUUGAAGAAUUAAUUCAAUUGGUUGCCGAUAUCGGUGAUGUUUAUGAAGAUAAAUUAUGUUCACGUAAAAAUGAUUUGCAUCCGUCGCUUUGGUUCGUGUUCGAUAAACAAUCGGAGGCGUAUCGUGGCUUUCGCCGGAUGAUUGCGGUACGGCGUGAAACGAAUGCGGAAGAAGCGGCUGCAGAUGCGGCACACAGCAGAAGAGUGAUCGACGCAGUACCGAUCAGUGGCGAUGAGGAGGAGGAAGAUGAUGACGAUGCCAAAUACGAUCCGGCCGAUGUGCUGGACGAUUCGAUCAUCGACGAUGGGCAGGAGAAUCACGCGAAGCCACAGCCGACAGGCGUUCCGGAAAGUUCGAAAGGCCCGUCCGAAAUUCCUAUUCACAUGAUGCCGAACUUCUAUGGCGACGAGCGGCACUUUUACGAUGAUAAAUCGACGACGGAAACGGACUCCGAUACGGAGUAUGUACGUGAGGCACGGGAGCGCAAUCUGAAGAAUCUCAAGCGCAAAACGUUUGAUGCUGGGAACCGGCGUGAAGACGGCAGUUCGACCGAUUCCGAUGAUGACUAUCAUGGCGGGUUGGGAGACAGUGCAAAUGAAUCGUUGAACGACAAAAAUGGUGGUAGCUCCGGUGCGGGCGGUAGUGCCACUGGUGGCAGCGGUGGGGGUGGUGUUGGCGGAGGAACAGGAGGAGGAGGAGGAAGUGGUUCUCGUGGCCAUCGACAGAAAUUUCGCAAAAAGUCACGCUGGGGUGAGAAUACGGAUGGGACAGGAACAGCUGGCAGUCAGGAAGGUACGAUGGCUGGAGCAGCACAGGAACAACAAAAGCAGCAGCAACAGCAGCAACCCCCCCUGCAGCAAGGAAGUAUGCUGGGAGUUCCAUGGACCGGGGGACAUUUAAAUGUACCGCCACCUCCACCUCCACCACCACUACCGGCAGCACCAGCUACGCCAAUCGACGAUAAAAAUCCCGGUCUGCUGCAGUACGUGUUCCAUCAUUACGGUAAGGUAGCGGGUGUUUCUCCGGAAUGCUGGAGCAAAGCGGAAGAACACUACCGUUUGCAGCUGCUGUAUGACGAUCUGACGCAGAAGAUACAGCGGCACGAUCAGUUUUUGCGCUGUGUAACGGACGGACAGCGCGUGGACUCGGAUGAGGAACGUCGGCUGAACACAGUGAAGCUGGAGGCGAUCAUGUGUUGGAUCAGUGAGAUAACGCACCUGCACGAUCGCAUACGUCCGAAGCAUUUGAGUGAUUUUUUAAUGCGCGGCGAUUAUGAACGAUUUGUCGAACGGUUUCGCCGAACGUCCGACCGUCAGCCGAACUUUGAGGAUUACAAAGAGUUCCGGUUGCGGGAAGCGAAUGGAACCCUUGCGGAUGCCGGGUCGAGUACGGCCCGUCCGGAUGAUGGGUCGGGAAAACGUGAGUACAGUUCGACCGAUUCGGAUUUCGUGCCCUACCAGGAACAGCAACCACCCGGACAGUCGACCGAUCAAGGUGGCAGUGCACAGGGAAAUGGAAAAUCGGAAACACGCACCGUUGAACCCACUUCCACCGUGGGUGGAGGUGAAAAGCGAGCCGCCGAAGGAACGGUCGAAGAGCAGCAACAGCAACAAUUGGCAGCAAAGCGGCGUAAAAGCCGUUGGGGUGGACAGGUGGAGUGUGGCCCACAGUUCGUUCCCGGUCAGAGCUUCCGGACACAGCCGCCACCACCGCUGCCAGCUCAUCCACCCGGUCCACCACCGUCCCUGCCACCGACCAAGCUGUCCACAGUAAGCCGCACCGAUCCGGCAUUGCUGGCGUAUGCGCGGCAAAACUUUGGCACCACGAACCUCUCGGAAGAGGACUGGAAGAAGGCGGAAGAUCACUACAAGAUCAAUCUGCUUUACCAGGACAUGUUGCGCAAACGGCAGGAAAUUGAUCGGCUCUCGAACAGUGGACGGUUCAAGUACGAGUACGAUUCGGACGAGGACACAACCGGCGGUACCUGGGAACAUAAGCUGCGCCAGCAGGAGAUGGAAGCGACGCAAAAGUGGGCGAAUGAGCUUACGCGCCAGUCGGAGGGCAAACAUCAUAUUGGUGACUUUUUGCCACCGGAGGAAUUGCGCAAAUUUAUGGAAAAAUACGAAGCGCAGAAGAACAAUCGUCAGCCGAAUCUGAGCGACUACAAGGAUUACAAGCUGCGCGAGGAUAACGUUGGUUUCCAAAUGCUACAGAAGCUUGGUUGGAAGCAGGGCCAGGGCCUGGGAGCGGAUGGUAGCGGUAUUGUGGAUCCAAUCAAUAAGGCCGCACAGCGAGACAAUAAUCAGGGCUUGGGCAUCAUUACCCCGGACAACCCGGAGGUUAACGAUAAUGAGUACGAUGCGUACCGAAAACGCAUGAUGUUAGCGUACCGGUUCCGGCCAAAUCCGCUGAACAAUCCGCGUCGUGCUUAUUAUUAACCUGCUUAAUGGCAUUUAGAAAAAAAAAUCUGGGAUCUGGACUGGCGUACAAUAUCGAUAGUAAAUGUAAGCUACACGCGUUGGCACCAUGCGUGUUAUUUCUUUAAUGGCUUUUCGUCGACCUGCUGAUGAUGUAGCGUACGAAAGCGAUGGAUGUGUUAUUAAACGUUUUUGUAUUAGGUGAAUGCAAGCUAUACAUGCAAACUGCAAACCAAAUUUCCCAACUCUAUCAACCCUAAAUAAAAAGGGUUCGGAUGAAAGAGAGCAGAGGAAAAAAAUAGCGAAGCUGUGCGCGAUGGUUAGUGAUUGAUUUGCGCUUAAUUCUUGUUAGCGAUGUUUUGGUUAGUAUAAAGAGCCGAAGUUCUUUUUUUGUUUUGCAACUAUCCCGAAUUCUGCGUUAUGCAAUCUGGUUUGUAUACGCGAUCGAUGUGUAAUGCACUUAACGGAAAGAUUAGCAAUGAUCGUGAAAUGCUGCUUGAUAAGUUUGUUUGUAAAAUCCAGUAGCACAUUUCUGGUAGAAAUGUGUACGCUUUGACGUCUCGUGUUCACUCGUUAGACGAUCUUUAAGCGAUCUUUUAGGAAAAGAAAGGAGCUAGUGCGUUUGUAUGCAAGAUAGUGCCGAAUGUUGAAGAACUUUGUAAGGAAGAAGCUAGAACAAACGGGAUUUAAUUUAUGUUGCCGCACCAUUCGUCUUAGCGCACUUGUAUGUGAACGCAGAUGGAUGCGAAACAGCAAAACAAAACUGAUGCAUUAUUGUAUUGAAAUUAUGGAACAAAACAUUGAAUAUGUGAAAUUGGUUAUUAGUGUAUACUCCGUUUUAUAGCUGGAGUAAUAAAAAAAGGAACAACCAGCAAACGAAUGUCAAGAUGCUUAGCUGUAAGUGAAUUAUACAAAUUGUAAUAAAUAAAGGGCACAGUAUGUUCGUCUGCAACAAACUA